AUGCUUGCCCUGCAGUUUUGUUUCUGUGUCAAGCCAGCAAUUCAUCUGUUUUAUAAGAAUUUUAGCGCCCCCCCACACACACCCAAGAUUCUCCCUCAGCUAAGCAAUCCACCAGGGAGACUGGUGCUCAGAUACCCGACACAAUGGCAAGCUAAACUGAAGGAAGAUAUUCUAGACUAAGAACUUCCAACAAAUGAUACCCACAGGCCCGUUUAGAUUUAGAAAUUGCACAGAAUUGCCCUGCAUCUAAAAGACUAGAGGCCGUGGAAGCGCUGUCCCGGGAGCUCUCUAGCUCCCCAGGAGGAACCAGGAUGUCAAAACUCUCUCAAGCUUCCCAGGCUGUCUCCGUAGCAGACCCUGCCCCAGCCCUGGGUCCCCCUCUUCAGUUCCUCCCCCAUUUGAUUCGUCAUCCCGUAGUGGCGCUUGCUGCAGCCCUCCCUGGUUGCUUUAUUUAUUUAUUUUGCACCAACAGGGUUGCUGCAGACUCAUUCUGGUUUAAAAAGAGAGAAGAGGAGGGAAAAAAAAAAAAAAAGAAAAGAAAAUGCUUCCUGGCUCUUUUCUCUCCUUUGGUCUUGGCAGCGCGACCGCAGUAGCAGCGGCAGCAACAGCAGUCUUGCCAGCCGGCUGAUGCGGCAGGCUGCCGGGCAGUGGGGAGUGGGGACUCAGACACACAGGGAAGGUGGAGAGGCCAAGGUGCAGCUCGGAUGGGACAGACCCCAGCCCUGGAGAGAUGCAGCGCCCAACUUGAUGCCACCCCCCAGCUUCUCCGUUUCCCAACUGCUUUAGUCCUCUGAAGUGGCUGGAGGAGAGUCUCCAGAAUGAUUCUCCUGGAGUGUAGGAAGGAAAGGGGAGCUGCAGCUCCUCCUGUAUUCUACAUGCGAGAAAAUAGGACAAGCAGCAGAAAGCAAACUCCACAGAGCCCAGAAAACCUGAAGCCUCAAAGUCCAGAGGUGCAGGACUGCAGCCAGGGAAACACGGCAAGCAGGCCGCCUCCAGGAGUGUCAGCUUGCUCCUGCUCCUAACCCUCUGUCAUCUCAAUCUAAUAUUUCUCCUCUCCUGUGGUCCCUAUUGCAUUAGCAAGGCAAGCAGAGGCACUCAAGACUAAAGAUGCCUCCAUCUCUAUCACCAUGUCCAGCCUCCGACAGUUAUCAUGGUCAUCAUCUCCUGAUGCUGCCCAGGCUUCUGGUGCUCACUUUAUACUGAUGGGUGCUGUGCUUGUAUCCGGGUGCCCACUGUGCUACCCAGUGGCUCCCUUCCUCCCACCCAAGGCAUCAGGUCAUGUGCUGUUUCUCCCCCUUUAUCCAUGCCUCCUUGGCUCACAAGCCAUUUCUUGUGUCUUCUCAGGCAGCUCGGGUGGAAAGGGGUGUAAGCUCUCCCUCAGAAGCACAUACUAACUAGAAUCAAAACACCAUUAAGGAAGGAUGUAAGAGAAGCUCAAGGCUGAGGACCCCAUGAAAUAUUUGAGUACCCUUUAGAUAUCUUCCACAUCUCAACCCCAUCUAUAAGGGAAGAGUUGCUGUCCUUGGGGCUCUGGUAAAGGAUUCCCCAUCCCAUCCUCCAGUGCCCCUGCACUCUGUUCCAUGAAUAAUAUACAGCCAGGCUUACCAUCCACACAAACAUUUUGGGGACACCAAAUUGGCUACUCUGGGCCUUGGGCCAGGCAGAAAGAGGGCAGAGACUAGAGCAGAGCUGAAGCCUGCAUGUUUCCUAGCUUCUGAUGAUUUGGUCAAACUAAGGACCUUUUCCCAGUCAGCACAGGGUCAGAAGCUCUCUCAAGUCUGGAUGGGAUCUCCCUGAUCCUUGGGUAAAGUUGUAGGCACAACAUAUGGGAGAAUAAGAAUGGGGUAAGAGGGACAUAGCAGAGUUUGUAGAAAGCAGAUGUCAGGGAGAUGGGUCCUGAGGAAUUCCUGGUCUCAUAAAUACAGGGGAAAGCUCCUUACAGGGAGAUGCAGGGUUCUUUCCCCACUACUCAGUCCCUUAAACUUUCCACCACAGAAAUCAGCUUGACUAGGGAUCAUGAACAGGAAGUACUUGGCCAGUUUUCUAUGGCUGCAAAGGAGAGAUUUCCCCAUUAAGGUACAUCAAGUUUCCCUGGUUGUGUGCCACACUUACUGGCAAGAUCCACCUUUCCUCCCCUUUAAGGAGGUUCGGUGCAGUGCAGGGUCACCCCCAUCUGAAGCCACUUUUCAAAAAAAGACCAUGUCAUCAUCUAUUCCAGGCCUCAGGGGAUGGACGCAGCCACUGCUCCAAAGCAAGCCUGGCUCCCAUGGUCCCCACUCCUUUUCCUGCUCCUCCUGCCUGGAGGGAGCAUCAGUAGCUGCCCCACUGUGUGUGACUGCACCUCCCAGACCCGGGCAGUACUCUGUGCCCACAGGCGACUGGACACUAUUCCUGGAGGGCUUCCACUGGACACAGAACUCCUGGAUUUGAGUGGGAACCGCCUGUGGGGGCUUCAGCGUGGCAUGCUCUCCCGACUGGCCCAGCUCCAAGAACUGGACCUCAGCUACAACCAGCUCUCCACCCUUGAGCCUGGGGCUUUCCAUGGCCUACAAAGUCUACUCACCCUGAGGCUGCAGGGCAAUCGACUGAGAAUUGUGGGUCCUGGGAUAUUCUCAGGCCUGACUGCCCUCACACUGCUGGACCUCCGCCUCAAUCAGAUUGUCCUCUUUCUAGAUGGAGCCUUUAGUGAGCUAGGUAGUCUCCAGCAGCUGGAGGUAGGAGAUAACCACCUGGUGUUUGUGGCUCCGGGGGCUUUUGCAGGGCUGGCCAAGUUAAGUACCAUCACUCUGGAACGUUGCAACCUCAGCACAGUGCCUGGCCUAGCCCUUGCCCAGCUCCCAGCACUAGUAGCCCUUAGGCUUCGAGAACUGGAUAUUGAGAGGCUACCAGCUGGGGCACUUCGAGGGCUAGGGCAGCUAAAGGAGCUGGAGAUCCACCACUGGCCAUCUCUGGAGGCCCUGGAUCCAGGGAGCCUGGUUGGCCUCAACCUGAGCAGCCUGGCCAUCACCCGCUGCAAUCUGAGCUCAGUACCCUUCCAAGCACUGCACCACUUGAGCUUCCUCCGGAUCUUGGAUCUAUCUCAGAAUCCUAUCUCAGCCAUCCCAGCCCGAAGGCUCAGCCCCCUGGUACGGCUCCAGGAGCUCAGGCUGUCAGGAGCCUGCCUCACCUCCAUCGCUGCCCAUGCCUUCCACGGCUUGACUGCCUUCCACUUGCUGGAUGUAGCAGACAAUGCUCUUCAGACUCUAGAGGAAACAGCCUUCCCUUCUCCAGACAAACUGGUCACCCUGAGGCUGUCUGGUAACCCCCUCACCUGUGAUUGCCGCCUCCUCUGGCUGCUCCGCCUCCGCCGCCGCCUGGACUUCGGCACAUCCCCCCCUGCUUGUGCUGGCCCCCAGCAUGUCCAAGGGAAGAGCCUAAGGGAGUUUUCAGACAUUCUGCCUCCAGGCCACUUCACUUGCAAACCAGCCCUGAUCCGAAAGUCGGGGCCUCGAUGGGUCAUUGCAGAGGAGGGCGGGCAUGCUGUUUUCUCCUGCUCUGGAGAUGGGGACCCAGCCCCCACUGUUUCCUGGAUGAGACCACAGGGAGCUUGGCUAGGAAGGGUUGGGAGAGUAAGGGUACUAGAGGAUGGUACGCUGGAGAUCCGCUCGGUACAGCUGCGGGACAGGGGGGCCUAUGUCUGUGUAGUCAGUAAUGUCGCUGGGAAUGACUCUCUGAGAACCUGGCUGGAAGUUAUCCAAGUUGAGCCACCAAAUGGCACUCUGUCUGACCCCAACAUCACUCUGCCAGGGAUCCCGGGGCCCUUUUCUCUGGACAGCAGGGGUGUGGCCAUGGUGCUAGCAGUGGGUUUCCUCCCCUUCCUCACCUCAGUGACCCUCUGCUUUGGUCUGAUUGCUCUUUGGAGUAAGGGCAAGGGCCGGGUCAAGCACCACAUGACUUUUGAUUUUGUGGCACCUCGGCCCUCGGGGGACAAGAACUCUGGGGGUAAUCGGGUCACUGCCAAGUUAUUCUGACUUUUCCACCCAUGCUGAAGACCACCCAAGUCCACUUCAGAAGCCAAAGGGAGAGGUAGGACUAAGGUCUCUUGAACCACAGCUUCAUGCCAAGCAGCACAGCCUUCCCACACCUGUCGCCUGUAUUAUGAUUGCUGCUCUAGUCUGAGCAUGGCAUCACUGCAUCUUCUCUGAGGGCCCCAGGGAACUGCAGACACAGACCUCAUCGCCAGCACAUCCCCUGAUCCCAGGCACCCACUCACACAAGGCAGGAAAGCUGACAAGGCUCCAGUCUGCUCUCCAUGUCUGUAUAUCCUCUAAUAGCCAGAACCAGGUGCCAAACACAACCACGAGAUUGUUUUAGGAGUGGAGCUGGGAAGCACCUCCAGCUUUUUAAAAAGUCUGCUCCAAGGCAGGCAGGCAGGCAGGCAGGCUCCCGUUCUUUUCUGCUACCCGAUACCCAAUCCAGCCAGUGCCCUUAGCUACAGGAAGGGAUUCCAGCCAAGGAUUCCAGUGGAUGCAGGGGAGUGUGGCCUCUGCCUGCAGGAGCCUCCACCACCUUCCUGACUGUCACAAGCCACUGCAGUGGCAGCAGAAGGAAACAUGAUCUCUGGAACUUCAUUUACUUCCACCUACUUCUUCCCAUUUUAGCCAUUGGUCAUCUAGCCUCCACCUCACAGGUGAGGAGGUCCAGGAGCCUGCAGAUGUCAGCACUUCUCAUCCCCUUGGUCUGCAUCCUUUCCCCUUUCCUCUCCUCUGUUGAGACAAAGAAGGCAAGAUGCUGCCAUCUUUGGAGGGAUUCCCUACACAGAACUCUCCUAUUUCACGUUGUCUGCGGUUCCCAGUGUUGUGUAUCCCCGGCAUGCUUGGCAAAGGGAAAGCCAGAGGGGAACUCCUAGGG